CAAAUCUCUGGGAGAAAAAAAAAAGACAAGAGGCAAAUCACAAAAUCGAAAAAAUCUAGUUCUUCAAUUGCCUAUUUAGAUUUUCUCUGAUUACUUCAGGCUCACACAAAUAGCUAGAUCUCAACUUUUGAUUAGCUAAAUUUAAUGGGUGUUCCAGCAUUCUACAGAUGGUUAGCUGAUCGCUAUCCGUUGGCAAUUUCUAACGUUGUUGAAGAAGAACCAUGGGAAGACGGUGAAGGUGUUUUGCACCCUGUCGAUGUCUCAAAACCUAAUCCUAAUGCUAUGGAGUUUGAUAAUUUGUACUUGGAUAUGAAUGGGAUUAUUCACCCUUGUUUUCAUCCUGAUAAAAGGCCUGCACCUACAACAUAUGAUGAGGUGUUCAAAUCAAUGUUUGCAUACAUUGAUCAUCUAUUUACAUUGGUUCGUCCAAGGAAAAUUCUCUACAUGGCAAUUGACGGAGUUGCUCCAAGAGCUAAAAUGAAUCAGCAACGUUCCCGGCGUUUCAGAGCUGCCAAAGAUGCUGCUGAGGCUGAAGCAGAAGAGGAAAGACUAAGAAAAGAAUUUGAGGCUGAAGGACGGAUUCUAGAUUCCAAAGAAAGACGUGAAACUAGUGACUCAAAUGUCAUCACUCCGGGUACUGAAUUUAUGUAUGUGCUCUCUGUGGCACUUCAGUAUUACAUACAGAAGAGAUUGAACAAUAACACUGGUUGGCGGAGGAUAAAGGUUAUUCUCUCUGAUGCUAAUGUUCCUGGUGAAGGAGAACAUAAAAUUAUGUCCUACAUUCGGUUACAAAGAGAUCUACCUGGCUUUGAUCCCAAUACUCGACACUGUUUGUACGGAUUGGAUGCUGACUUAAUAAUGCUGGCUUUGGCCACUCAUGAGGUGCACUUUUCAAUUUUGCGAGAGGUUGUUACUUUACCUUCACAGCAAGAAAAAUGUUUUGUAUGUGGGCAAAGUGGUCAUCUGGCGGCUGAUUGUCGAGCCAAGCCUGAUCAAAACGGGAAUUUGGUAGAUGAUACACCUAUUUACAAGAAAAAAUAUCAGUUCCUCAACAUUUGGAUAUUGAGAGAAUAUCUACAAUAUGACCUGGAUAUUCCUGAACCUCCUUUUACUGUGGAUUUUGAACGUUUGGUUGAUGAUUUUGUGUUCCUAUGUUUUUUUGUUGGUAACGACUUCCUUCCACAUAUGCCUACACUAGAAAUACGAGAGGGCGCUAUAACCUUGCUGAUGCAUGUAUACAGAAGAGAAUUCGCAACCAUGGGAGGGUAUCUUACUGAUGCCGGUGAAGUUUUUCUGGAUAAAGUGGAGCAUUUUGUUCAGUCAGUUUCAGUUCAUGAAGAGCAAAUCUUCCAGAAGCGGGUUCGUGUACAGCAGAUGUUCGAGAAUAAUGAAGAAAUGAGGAAUAGGGCGAAAAGAGAAUCAGGAGAACCCUAUGUAGAGCCACCGCCUCCGGUGGAAGACAAGAUCAAACUUGGGGAGCCUGGAUAUAAAGAGAGGUAUUAUGCCGAGAAAUUUGGUGCAUCAACUCCAGAGGAAAUUGACAAAAUCAGGAAGGAUGUGGUUUUGAAGUAUGUAGAAGGUUUGUGCUGGGUUUGCCGUUACUACUACCAAGGUGUUUGCUCAUGGCAAUGGUUCUAUCCAUACCAUUAUGCUCCUUUUGCUUCGGAUCUAAAAGAUUUAACUGAUCUUGAAAUCACAUUUUUCCUUGGAGAGCCAUUCAAGCCUUUUGAUCAACUUUUGGGAACUCUACCGGCUGCAAGCUCCGAUGCUCUACCAGAGAUGUACCGGAAGUUGAUGACAGAUCCAUCAUCACCGUUGUGCGAGUUCUAUCCUGCGGAUUUUGAUAUCGACAUGAAUGGUAAACGCUUUGCUUGGCAGGGUGUUGCAAAGUUGCCAUUCAUUGAUGAAAAGAAAUUGCUUACUGAAACCAAGAAGCUUGAGCAAACUUUAACGGUGGAAGAGCUACGUCGAAAUAGUGUGAUGUUUGAUUUACUAUAUGUCUCUCCCGCUCAUCCUUUAGCUUCUCAAAUUGUUUCGUAUUACCAUUUCUACUAUCAGAUGCCUCCUGAUCAAAGAUAUGCUUGGCCAAUUGACACCUAUGCUAGUGGUGGAAUGAAUGGCUAUUUGUGGUUAUCCGAGAGAAAUGGGUGGAGACAAGUGGUCCCUUCCCCAGUGGGUGGGCUACCUGAUAUUAUGAAUAACCAAGCUUUAAACGUGACGUACUUGAAUCCCCUGCCUCGUAAACACAUUCCAAGACCUCCAAACGGUGUAAUUAUGCCGGCUAAGGAAGUGAAAAACUCUGAUGUGAAACCUUUCCCCUUAUUAUGGCAUGAAGACAAUGGCAAUAGGCGCCAAUUUGGACGGGAAAGGCCUCAAGUACCAGGAGCAAUACGUGGGCAUCAGUUGGGUGAAGCUGCUCACCGUCUCCUGAAAAACACGCUAAAUAUUAAGCAUACUAAUUCAUCUCCUGGUGUAUUGGAUUACAUGCCUCAUCCAAAUCAUCCUGGCAACUACAUGUUUAAUAGGCCGAGGCCAGGGCCCGCUGGACCUGCUGGGUAUGAAAGAGGCUACUACGACGACAGCAAUUAUUACGGACAACAUCAUAUGCCUAGGCCGAUGUCAAAUGGCUAUAGACCCAAUGAACCACGUGGAGGUCGACACAAUGAGAGAUUACCACGAGAAGAUGAUCGUGGGUUGGGAGGAGCUAUGUCAAAUUUGACACUAGGAGGGGCUUCUAGGAAUCGACAACCAGCACAUACGAGACCAAGGGCUCAAACCGCAGGACUCGUGCACAUGCCAGUUCAACAUAACAAUUUUGUUCAAAACGUCGGUCAACUUCCAUCACCACCCAUGAAUUGGAUUAGUCAACCCGAAGAUGGAAACAAUAAGCAUUUCCGACAGAUGGAGACAACUGUCCAGAAGCAAGUCAGGCAAGUUUAUCAAGCUAAGACUCAACGACCAACACAUCAAGAAUGAUUAACGGCCGAAAUGAUGGAUAUUGUCUCAAACAUUCGAUGGGUUUUCGUGUUUGAAGAUGAUGUUAAUCUGUACAGUGAAACAUGUUCGGAAAAUGGGCGCCAUUUGAAAGCCAAUGUCUCUCAUCUCAGAUAUCAGGAACGUCAUGGUGAUUCAAGAUGUUAGCGCGGAUUUGUUGUUGUUGGGUUCCAUGAAUCGGCGAGCAUGGGGUGUAUUCUAUUAUUGUGUAUUUGAUACAUUAUUAACCAGGUUCCUUAUAACGGCCAAGGUUCUGUAGAUUAAACAUCUUACGGUUAGGAUACUUGACGUUGUAAAGACCUCAGUUAGUCACUGGAUGCGAUGUUCAAUUUUUACAGUUGGCAUAUUUAUACAUCGGCUAGUUUUAUUCAA